ACUUCAAUGCAGUCAAACUCCUCUGCAAAUGUGACCUUUGUGCGUCCUGCAACAUUCUUCAUCAGUGGCUUUUCUAAUUUCCCACAUGCAAAAUACUACUAUGUGUUCUUGUGUUUUGUAUAUGCUGUGACCCUUUUGGGGAAUUCAUUCAUCAUGUGUACCAUUUAUUUGGCCCGCAGACUUCACACAGCCAAAUACAUUGCAGUCUUUAAUCUUGCCCUUUCUGAUCUGUGUGGAAGCUCAGCUUUGAUUCCAAAACUCAUAGACAUGUUUUUAUUUGAGCACCAGCUCAUUUCAUAUGAAGCGUGCUUGAUGAAUAUGUUUUUUGUGUUUCAUUUUAUGAACGUUCAGUCUUUGACGCUACUCGCUUUGGCUUAUGACAGACUGGUUGCUAUUUGUUUUCCUCUACGGUAUCACGCCAUUAUUACCAAAAAAUCCAUGUCACUCCUUAUAGGCAGUAUGUGGAUGUUUUCCAUGCUUUUAUUUGCUGUACUUGUGGGAUUAGUCAACAGACUCUCUUUUUGUAGAUCUACUGUGGUCGAUAGCUAUUUCUGUGAUCACGGCCCUGUCAUCAGCCUUUCCUGUAACGGUAAUUCCAUAAAUUACCUCAUGGCAUAUAUUUUAUUUGGUCUCCUAAUUUGCCUGCCGGUGAUAGUGAUAACUGCUCAAUGUUUUCAUUAUGGGUGCUUCUCAAAUGAAAGGCUGCAUCCUACUAAGGCUGCGUAA